AUGGCGGGCGCCGAGCAAAAUAACAAACGCGCACGCUCACCCUCGAGAUCACCGUCUAGAUCACCGCCACGCCAACGGAAGCGUCCGGGAGCAGGCGCACGUGUGCCUGCUGCCGACCGAGAAGCGGCUCGUAAGCGACAGCAGGCACGAGAAGAGGAGGCAGCUAGACGGGCACACGAAGAAGCUGCACAGCGUGGUGUGCAUGAUGUUGUCAAGCAGCACUACAACAUGGUGCCGGAGCGAGGCCGUGAAUGGCGCAACACUGACAGCAAAAUCAAGGGACUGCGCAGCUUCAAUAAUUGGAUCAAGUCGUCCAUCAUCCAAAAGUUCAUUGGCGAUGAGCGACACCUUAAGAUCCUGGACAUUGGGUGCGGAAAGGGCGGUGACUUGGGCAAGUGGGAAAAAUCGAGAAAAAUCGAGCUUUAUGUCGGCUGUGAUCCAGCAGACGUGUCCAUUCGACAGGCCAAAGAACGAUUUUCGCAGAUGCAGAGGAAGAACAGGCGUCUUUUCCAUGGCGAAUUCUACGCAAAAGACUGCUUUGGCGAGUGGCUAGGUGAUAUACCCAUCAUCAAGGAGGUGGGUAUUGAUCCUGGUGCUGGGCAGGGAAAUGCUAUGAGCCAGCGCUGGGGCGGUGGUGGCUGGGACAUGGUCACAAUGAUGUUCUGCAUGCACUAUGCCUUUGAAAGUGAGGCCAAGGCCAAGGGCAUGCUUCGAAACGUUGCUGGCGCCCUCAAGAAAGGAGGGCGAUUUAUUGGCUGUAUCCCCAACUCGGAUGUUUUGUCGCAAAAGGUCAUUGAGCACCACAAGGCCAAGGGCACAGCACCACCAGAGACAAAUGGCGGUGCCGAUGACGACGAUGACGACCGCCCAGCGUUUGCAAGCGAUGACGAGGACGACUGGGACCCUGAGAAGAGCCUCGAUAGCCCCAAGCCCGCCGACACAGAGCAUAAGAAUGGCGACAAGCCUACCGAGACAAAGGACAACGAAAAGGAGGAACAGGAAGACGGCGAAGUCGAAGACGAAGGAUUCAGUUUUGGAAACAGCAUCUACAGUGUCAAGUUUCCUGGCAAGACACCUCCAGACGGCACAUUCCGCCCGCCCUAUGGCUGGAAGUAUUCAUACUGGCUGACGGAAGCCGUCGAGGCACCUGAGUAUGUAGUACCGUGGGAAGCAUUCCGAGCGUUGGCCGAAGACUUCAACCUUGAACUACAGUACCGCAAGCCAUUCCGAGACAUCUGGGAGGAGCAAAAGGACGAUCCAAUUCUCGGGCCGCUGAGCGAGGUUAUGAAGGUCAGGGAUCGUGCGACAGGCCGGUUGCUGACUUCGGAAGAGGAAUUAGAGGCCGCGGACUUUUAUCAUGCCUUCUGUUUCUACAAGGUCUAG